CAAAUGCACAAAUGAUUCGUAAACGGCUUUUUUAAGGAAUGUUAUAAAUUUGUAAUUAAAUAAGAAUUGAAUUUGUGCUUAAGAAUUUCAAAUUGAUUUAUUAUUACUACACGAGAUUCAUCUAUGCCAUGGCUAAAGCUGAGUCUGCUACUAGAAACAAUGUGGACUGUCUGAACGUAGAUUUUAUGCGGUCCCUAGUGAAGCAAUACUCCGAACUGGGGCAAUGGACAAGUGCAUUCUUCUGGGCGGAUGCGGCAGCGGCGGCAGCAUCAAGUGGGCCCUCGGCGACUGCCAGUGGAGAUGACAUAUGGUUGCUGGCCAGCGCCAUGCUGGCUCGAGGAGAGCUGCACCGGGCUGCACAUGCUGUCACAUCUCGGCAGCUACAUCGGCGACAUUUGUUGUGUCUGGGUGUAGCGAUGCGCGCCUACAUCGCGUCCAAGGAGCCCAACACGGCGCUCAGCGUCCUCGACGAGUGCGAGCCCGCGCUGCUCGAGCCGCGGAGCAUGGACCAAACGCACAAUCGAGCGCUGGCCAGCGUGCUGGUGUGGCGGGCGCGCGCGCUGGCGGCGCUGGAGCGGCGCGAGGCGGCGGCGGAGGCGCUGACGGCGGCGCUGCGGGCCGACUGCGCCUGCUACGAGGCGCUCGACCUGCUGCUCGAGCAGCACGCGCUCACGCCCAGCCAGGAGAGCGAGCUGAUCGAAUCCCUGCCCAUCAACAACCAGAUGAGCGCGUCGGAGGCGGCGCUGCUGCGCGUGGCGUACCGCGACCGCCUGCUGCGCUACGCGCCGCUGCACGCGGACUCGGCGGCCGACGCCGACGCCGACGCCCCUGGCGCGCCGGCGCACGCGCCCGGCGGCGUGGCGGCGGUGCGCGCGCGCUGCGCGGAGGCGGGCGAGGCGCGCGGGCGGCGGCUGGCGGCGGGCGGGCGCUGGGCGGCGGCGCUGCGCGCGCUGGAGCGCGCCGGGCCCGCGUGCUGCGCCGACGUGCGCGCCGCCUGCCUGGUGGAGCUGCGCCGCAGCGCCGAGCUGUUCGCCUUCGCGCACGCGCUCGUGGACGCCAGCCCGCACUCGUGGACGGCGUGGUACGCGGUCGGCUGCUACUACUACCUCAUCGGCAAGAGCGAGUUCGCGCGGCGCUACCUCAGCAAGGCGUGCGGCCUGGAGGCCGGCGCGGGCUGCGUGUGGCUGGCGUACGGCCACAGCUUCGCGGCCGACAACGAGCACGACCAGGCCAUGGCGGCCUACUUCAAGGCCAGCCAGCUGAUGCCGGGCUGCUACCUGCCUUCGCUGUACGUGGGCGUGGAGUGCUCGCUCAACAACAACGUCAGCAUGUGCGAGCGCUUCAUGGCGCGCGCCGCCGCGCUGCACGGCGCCGCCGAGCCCGGCUCGCCGCGCGACGACGCGGACGCGGAGAACAAGGGCGGCUGGGAGCGCAUCGCGCGCGGCGUGCGCUCGGCGCACGUGGCGCACGAGGCGGGCGCGGCCGCCUUCGCGCACGGCCAGCACGAGGCGGCGCGCGCGCUGUGGCUGCGCGCGCUGCAGGCCGCCGGCCCGCCCGAGCGGUUGGCGCCGUGCUGGGCCGCGACGUUGGAUGCCCUGGGCCACGCGAGCCGCGCGCUGGGUAACCCAGCGGAGGCGCUUCGCUGGCACGAACGGGCCCUGGCAUUACGACCGGCCAAAGCUGGCUCGCUGGCAGCGCGAGGCCUGUGCCUGGCACUGCUGGGCAGGGAGACCGAGGCGGCGGAUGCGCUGCACGCGGCGCUGGCCAGGGACCCGGACCACGUGGUGGCCUUGGCACUACUGGAUGCCAUCGUUGAUAGGCUUGACGCGGCGUUAACUGAGGAGGAGAUCCCGCAGUUCGCGUUCCCCGCCGUCGACAUCGCGGCGCCCGAGCGCGCGUCGCCGGAAGCCUCCGAGAUGAGCAUGAGCUUCGACUGACGGCGCUACGCGGCGGCCCGAGUUUGGCACCUUCCCGCCCGGACCCGGCGACGUUACGGCCGCUUCGAGUCACCGGCUGCGCCAACCGAGCGCCCAACUCCACUAUGCUAGUAGAGCUUAAAAAUAACUAAAGAACAAACUUUUUAAAUAGCAGCCACGGCUAUAACUUAUAUUCAGGUGCAGCAAUAUUUUACAUAUAGUUGCAUUUUUAUUGCACACAAAUAUAUUAAAAACAACACAAAUACAGCAAAUUAAUAUUUUCACUAACAUUGGUAUUUAAAAGCGGUAUUAUUGCUGAAGCAAUCUCUUGCGGACAACAAAAGCAAUAUUCUUUAUAACCAAAAUAUUGUUUAUACAAUACUUCUGUUUAGUUAUAUAUAUAAAGGCUAUAUUAUAUUGCGUGGCCGUUGAUUUAGAUAAAAAUGCCAGAGAAUAGGUAAGCUAGCGAGCUAGGCUACGUUCCGAUAUAAGAAUACCCUUAUAUUCAUUUCAAGAAAGCUUUUCAGUUUUAUCAAUAAACGAGUAGUGUUUACUACACUCAGAUACUAAGUAUACUUUUCCUAAGCCCAUAGUGAAAACAGCAUGUGUCACGUGUUUGUCACGCGGUUUGAAGGCCAUCCAGGAACCCGGGAUGGGGUCGGGGCUACGAUGAAACUUAACUAUGUACAUAUAGCGUAAGAGCAAUAAAUAGUAUAAUAAAAUUAUACUA